AUGACGGACGUAGAUAUUGCCUCCAACUCUCACUGGCAAGAAAUUUUGGACACACUUCAACUAUCCAAAUCAGUUGCAGAAAUAGAUACUCAUGAUAUUGAAGGGAAAGAGAUGGUAAGUCUAAAAAUGUGGGAGGCAUUCUAUUAUACUUAUGCAAGAUGGAAAGGUUUCAGUCCUAGAAUUGACGAUACAAAAUCAAGGAAAAGUGAUGGAGAAAUAUACAUUCGACAAUGGGUUUGUAACAAAGAAGGUUUUCGGAAGGAGAAAUUUUUGAACAUGCCAGACAGGAAGAAGCGACCAAAAGAAAUAACACGUUGUGGGUGUCAAGCUGCGUUACGAAUCCUUCGGUUACAAAAAACAAAUCUUUGGCGGUGUCAAGAAUUUGUACCAUUUCAUAAUCAUGAUUUGGUAAUACCAUCACAAAUGCAAUUCACUCGGGCAAACCGCGAGGUUCCUGAAGCAGUAGCUGCACAAGUAAUUAGCAUGAAUAGAUGUGGUAUCAAAACUUCUUCCGUUGUAGCACAUAUUGCCCUACAAUCUGGAGGGUAUGACAAUCUUCCUUUCCAACUAAGAGAUGUGUACAACAAAGUGGCUAGUUUAAGAAAGCAAGAGAACAUAUCAAGUGAUGCAGAAGGUACAUUGGGUUUCUUAGACGGCUUAUCAUCAAUGGAUCCUGAAUUUUACGUCGAGUACAAGAUUGAUGACGAAAAUCGAUUAGCAUUCCUUUUUUGGGCAGAUGGUAUGAGUAGAAGAGACUACAUGUUAUUCGGGGAAGCUAUUGCUUUUGAUACAACAUACCGCACCAAUAAGUAUAAUAAGCCAUUGACUGUAGUUGUUGGCGUCAAUCACCAUUUUGAAACUUGUGUGUUCGGUUGCGCAGUUUUACUUGAUGAGACGGAAGACGCUUAUAUUUGGUUCUUGAGGGUGUUCCUUGAUUGCAUGGGCAACAAAAAACCAAAAGUAGUCCUCACUGAUAAUGAUGAAAGGAUGGGAUUUGCAAUCAGACAUUUGUUACGAGACUCUACCCAUCGACUUUGUGCAUGGCAUCUAGGGAACAAUGCCACAAAGAAUAUUAAGAUUCCAGAUUUCAACAAAGGCUUCUUUGACUUAAUAUACAACUACUACAAAGUGGAAGAGUUUGAAGAAAAAUGGGCCGCUUUGUUGGCACAGUUCGGCCUUGAAGAAAAUUCUUGGUGUCGUACUAAAUACAACACACGUGGUCAAUGGGCAGAGACGUUCUUAAGAGGGGUUUUCUAUGGAGGCAUGCGAACAACCCAAAGAUGUGAGUCUAUGAACAAUGUACUCAAGAGAUUCUUACUUGCUAAUUACAGUUUACGAGAGUUUGUUUCACAAAUUACCCAUGCUAUUGGCACAAUGCGCCAUAAUGAAGCCGCUAAAGAUUUCAAAAGCAUGCAUACCGUCCCUCAUAUUCCCGCGCAUAUAUGGUGUGUAAUGAAAAGUCUUGACAUUCGAGUUAUACCAGAAUCCUUAAUAUUAACUCGUUGGCGAAAGGAUGUCAAGACUUCUUCCUCUACACAAGUUGGUGAACACUCAUCCGAGCAUCAAAAGAUGACCCAAUUGUCAAGGUUUGGAGCGCUCAAUGCUUAUUCAAACUCAAUGAAUUUCUUUGCAUCACACUCAGAAGCAACAUUCCAAAUGGCAAAGAUGGAGUUGGAAAAACUUAAUACCAUCUUUAGGGCGUCUUACGAGGAGGGACAGAAUAGCCAAAACUCACAACCAACCACAACAUAUCGUGAUAAUCCAAACAUAAUCCAAGAUCCUGUAAGAGUGAGGACGAAGGGCAUGGCCUCAACGAAUUCUAAAAAAGGAACAAAUGAUGGAGUACAAGGAGGUAGGCAAUGCACACUUUGUGGAGGUCGAGAUCAUAAUAAACGAACUUGUAUGAGAAGGACAGGGGUCUAA